AUGUAAUUGGAAGGAUAUGAAAUGAAAGAUCUACUUUAGAGGUUUGAUGAUCUUUAAAAAAACAACAUCUGUAAAAAUGUUAUUAAAGCUUUCCUUAACUAUUUGCUCAAUACAAAAGAAAAUGAUUUGUUAACAGAUUUUGUAUUCAAAGACACUUAACCUGAAUAAGCUCGCAAAAUGGCUAAAAAUUACUUUAAAUCUUAUAGUUUCAAUAACAGUUCACUUCAUAAGCUUAUUCAUCACCCUAAAUUUGGCAAAGCAUUUGAGUACUAUUUAACUUUUGAAGCUGAAAUCUGGUUAGCUGAAAGUAAGGUAUAAUAAAAGGAGACUCAUUUAAUAUAUAUUGAUUUUUUAAAAUUAUGUUGUUCUAAUCCAGAAUACUCAUCCUAUUUAGUUACAUAUAAAAAAAAUAAAAAAAGCAGAUUUGACCAUAGAAUUUGA